AUGCAGCUUGCCAGGCUGUUGCAAAGGGCCGGGCGGGUCCAGGCCGCAAGGGGCGUCGCGGUGGUGGCGCGGACUCGGCUGGGUUUGGAGUCCUUGCUACGCGCGGAGCUGGAGACCUUGGCCAAGCCGGGCUCGGACUUCGUGAAGCCCGCGCCAGGGCCCGCCUCUGCCACCUUUGUGGCUCCCGAGGGGCGUCAGGCGGAGGGAGCUGUGGAAGUGCACUCCGCCGAGUGGGCGGCCGUGUAUCGGGUGCUGCGCAGCCGUCUGGCGCAGAGCGUCUGGGUACGCGUGGGCGAGCCGUUUGCGUGCGACAGCCUUGAGGCUUUCGAGGAGGUGCUCAGCACUGCGCCCUUUGAGUCCUUCCUGGCCGACGAGCCGAGGGUCACGGUGUCGGCCUGGGAGCGCCAGAGCCGCCUGGACGCUGCAGACCUGGAAGCGGCCCUCCGCCGGACAUUCCCAACGCCGCAGAGGCCUCGCGCCGUGCUACGCGCCGUGCUGCAGCAGAACGUGUGUUCGCUGGAGCUGCUUUGUGCGGGGGGCACGCGCCACUUGGCGGGGUGGCUCGCCAAGGGCUGGUCGGAGCCGAGCGGGUCGGACAUGCAGGUCGCCCAGCGCAUCCCUUGGUCCCUACAGGAGGUUGCAGCGCAGGCCAAGAGGAAUCCGACAGAUGUGGACGGGGCUUUCAUUGCCGCCUUAGUCGCCCAAGUCCCCCCACGCGCGCUUGCCACAUCGCUCGUGUGGGACCCUUUUUGCCGAGGCGGCCAAGUGCUGCUGGAGAUUCUGUCUGCUGUGCUGGCGCUGCCGCCCUGCGUGGAGCGGCAGCCUUGCGAGCGGCUCCGUCCGCACAGGCCUCAGGCUGAGGCAGCCCUGGGUGAGGCGAUGGUGGAGGCGCAGGCCUUGACCUUGGUGGGCUCAGACCGCAGCACAGCUUCCAUUUUGGAAGCGCGGCGCCGCCUGCGCAAGUUCUCCAAUGAGCUCAAGGGGAUGGAAACUGCAGAAGCGGAGCCAGACACUGCCAAAGUCCAACUCCAGGCUGGCAGCCGGCCACGGGUCAGAAGGAGCCACGUCAGUUCAACAGCAGUCACCCAAGAGCACCACACCCAAGAGCGCGAGGAGAAAAGGUCCUCAGCUUCUCCAGCGCUGCCGACCCGGAAGGCGGAAUCCAUUUGCCGUGCGAGGUGUCGCUGA